ACCCACCCAUAGACCAAUGACAAGGAUCUGUGACUUGUGACGCUACAUCUGGAAAAGGCAGACGUUUUUACUAUAAAACGCUCAAUUGAUAUCGGUUUCCGUGCUGUCAUAAUCGUAUUUUAAUAAGGUCAUUUUUAAAUUGGAUACAAUCCAUAACGCCGUGCAAAGUACACUUCCGUCAAGUUUCUAAUUUUUCAUUGCAGCAUUGAAAUGCUGCAAUGACUAGCGUUCAUGCUAUGCGUAACCUUACUCUAGCUCAGUAAACUUAGAAACUCCGGCCAAUUGGUAUUGUUUGGAGGAGAGACGACUUAUUUAUCGAGUGAAACACUUAUUUCUCGGUUGAUAUUUGAGCGACAAUCUCUAAACUUACAUGCUUUCUUUCUUUUAAAGCUGGAUACAUUCUCACUCGACCGUGUGAGCCAGCCGACGUCAAAACCCAGUAGCUGUCAAACUUGUUGUGGGCUAAUGGUGCGGUUUGUGUCGUGGAUGUAUAGCAGUAGGUCUGUCUGGGCUGUCAUGUGUUGACGUCCAGCGGUGUGUCGUUCCUCCGGCUCUCUACCUUGCCAUGCGAGUCGCGCGCGUCACGGAAGCCUGUAAAAAGCAUCGGGACUCUGGACUGCCAAUGCCUCGUGACUGAUCUGGAAAGGCGCAGGAGCAGCUAGACAACAGCCCUCCUGGUUUUACGGUAGAGACCCCCACGGCUACUACCACAACAACACAAGACUUAAACACACCGGGGGUACACAUCCGGAAUCAUUCAUAUUCAUUACUUCACUGUUGCUCGCCGUCACUAACCCAGGGGCAUUUUGUGGCCACCAUAUGCAUUCACCGACGCCCGGCUUGACGUCCUGAAGGCGGUGAGAGAGGCACGGCAGACCGGGGUCCCCGUGUGUCGUGGAGGGGAUCGCUGAAAUGAAAUGAGGCUCAGAAAUGGAACGGUUGCCACUGCGAUUAUUUUUUUCACGUCGUUUCUCAGCCUGUCCUGGUACACAGCCUGGCAGAAUGGCAAAGAGAAACUGGUAGCCUCCCAGCGGGAGUUUCAUGUCCUGAGAGAGCGCCUCCGUGUGGCGGAGCACAGGACCUUGCAGCGCUCCUCCGAGCUAAACAACAUCCUGGAGCAGUUCCGCCGGGCCAUCGCCGAGACCAACGGCAGCAAGGACGCCAUCUCCAACUUCUCCGAUGAGACUCAGAAGCUGCUGAAGGAGCUGGCCAGUCGGAAGCCCCUGCAGAUCCCAAACAUUUACCACCACCUGCCUCACCUGCUCAACAAUGAUGGCAGUCUGCAGCCCGCAGUGCAGGUUGGCCUGGGACGCACCGGAGUCUCCAUGGUGAUGGGUAUCCCGACGGUGCGGCGCAAGGUGAAGUCGUACCUGGCCGAGACGCUGCAUUCGCUCAUCGACAAACUGUCGCCGGAGGAGAAGCUGGACUGUGUCAUCAUCGUCUUUGUUGGAGAGACGGAUGUGGACUACGUUAACAGUGUGGUGGCCGGACUAGAGAAAGAGUUCUCCACAGAGUUCAGCUCGGGCCUGCUGGAGCUCAUCUCCCCUCCCGCCGCCUACUACCCCGACCUGACCAACCUUAAGGAGACCUUCGGGGACUCCAGGGAGAGGGUCAGGUGGCGCACCAAACAGAACCUGGAUUACUCUUUCCUCAUGAUGUACGCUGUCAGCAAAGGAGUGUAUUAUGUACAGAUGGAAGACGACAUUGUUGCGAAGCCCAACUACUUUGCUACCAUGAAGAACUUCGCCCUGCAGCUAUCCUCUGAGGACUGGAUGAUCCUGGAAUUCUCUCAGCUGGGAUUCAUUGGAAAGAUGUUCCAGGCCCCCGACCUCAACCUGAUCGUAGAGUUCAUCUUCAUGUUUUAUAAGGAGAAACCCAUCGACUGGCUAUUAGACCACAUUCUCUGGGUCAAAGUCUGCAAUCCUGAGAAGGAUGCGAAGCACUGUGAGCGGCAGAAGUCGAGUCUGCGAGUGCGGUUCAGGCCCUCGCUGUUCCAGCACGUGGGCCUCCAUUCUUCCCUCGCUGGAAAGAUUCAAAAACUCACGGACAAAGAUUUCCUGAAACCUCUGCUUCACAAGAUCCACGUCAAUCCGCCGGCUGAAGUGUCUACCUCGAUGAAGGUAUACCAGGGCCACACCCUGGAGAAGACCUACCUGGGAGAGGACUUCUUCUGGGCCGUCACCCCCACCGCCGGAGACUACGUCCUCUUUAAGUUUGACAGACCGGUUAGCAUAGAAAGGUUCCUGUUCCGGAGCGGCAACCAGGAACAUCCAGGGGACCGGAUAAGGAACACCACGGUGGAGAUUCUGCCCUUCUCGGAAGCUUCGGUCAAGGCGAAAGAGAAGUACAAGCGCACAGAAGACCGCUUUUACAGAAUAGGUCAGUUUGAAAAGGGUGUGGCCGAAGGAGCUGUAGAUCCCGUCUUCAAUCCGAUAGUGGCGCUGCGUCUGUCUGUCCGCAGAGAUUCCGCAGUGUGGGCCAUCGUCAGUGAGAUCCAUAUAAAGAGGAUAGCGGGCUAACAGACUUUUUGGGGGGGUCACAUAAAUCACCGAUCUCCAGGGCCUCUACGUCCAUGAAGCGGCUCACAUGGGCCCUUUGGGGCCUAGUAACCAGCGGUGACACCAUCACAACCCACUAGAGUCUAUAUUUGAGCCUUUCAGAUGAAAUCUAUAGCCAUCUCUCUCUCGGUUCUUGGUUCUCGGUUCUCUGUUGGUUCUCGUUUCUCGGCCCUCUCUCUGUCAUAUUGCUGCCAUUUUUUUCUUCUUCCAUGUCUAUUUUUGGCGACUAUACCCACAGUCCACAUUUUUUCCACCAUUUUUGCAACUUUCUGUUGCUCCAAGUCUAUAUGUUUGAAUGUGAUUACUACUGAAUAACGGGCUCUGGCUCUUCAGAAGACGAAUCAGCUUUGAACGCAAUCAGAUAAUGUUGGCGAAUGGGAACAAAAGUCCAUCUGAUUAGACCGAAUCAAAUGGCGGCUGACGUGCUUUCUUGGACCCUAUUGGUUGCUUGAUGCGGUCGCCACCUAUGGGCAGACAUGGGUAUUGCGGCAUACAUGAUUCCACAACAGAGCCCCUGAUGUAAUGCAGAAUUUUAUCAUCACAGAUGGCCUCCUGCUCACCAGUCUCGAUAUAAACUUGGCUUGUAGCAGGGUGACAUUGGAAAGAAAAUACAUGUUUUUAACAAUCUUUUAGGGGAUAACAGUAGUUUAGUCCCACGGAAAUAAUCAGGAUUAUCUUAAAAUAGGUCCAGGAUGCGCCAAAUGUUCCCUAUCCUGACUGAAGUCAAUUGCCUUUGGUUUACAUUCCUUGGUAAUGUUCCCAGUCAAUCACGUAAAACUAGAAGAAAUCCAUAUCGUUCUUUUAUUACAAUCUGCCUCAUGGGUAGUGUGUGACCUGAAUGUCAUAUUUGAGCAAACUACCCAGACAUUGUCCUGGGGUUGUUUUCUUAAAGGCUUAUAUUGAUAUAUUGUACAACUACGACGAUCUAUGAAGGUGACUUAAUUUAUUUGAAAUAAAAAAUUAAUUUGUACAAGAGCUUAAAUAUAUAUUUUUUAAUUCUAUAAAGAAGUGUUUAUGAUAGUUUUAAGUGUAUUUUAUGAGUCUUUUUCAAAGCAGCCCAUGUAAUUUCUUUGAUUAUCUCUUUGUUUGCUGGUUUUCAUUGCUCUGUUCAAACUGCUGUAUUUCUUUCAUUUAAAUUUUGCUUUGUAUUUUUUUUUUAACCUCCAGCCAAACCUUGUAAAUAAUAAAACAAUAAUUAAUUCUGAAAGAUGAACUAAAGGGGUUUAGACAAACUCUAGUAUGAAGUUCUGGAUCUGCAUCUGUGCAAAACGUGUACAAAGGAAAUUGUGCCUUACAUUCGGGUCCUUGGAAAUGGCCAUGGCAGAAUUAUUAAAAUAAUUUCUCUGCU